AUGUCGGACAGUCCGAACGCAGGCCACCGUCAGGAAGAGGAAUGCACAUCUGUGGCCCUGACUCACGACAUCCUCAAUCCCCUCUCUAUCAUGGCUGAGGUCAAGAGCCCCAAAGCUGGCGCAAUUGUGCUCUUCGCUGGUACUACACGGGACAACUUCGACGGCAAGCCCGUCACGCACCUAGAGUAUACUUCCUACCCGCCACGAGCUCUCCAAACUAUGCUUUCGAUUGCGCGCAGCGUGAAAGAAAAGCACUCCUUGACGGCCAUCAGCAUGAUUCAUCGGCUAGGAGUUGUUCCAAUCGGUGAGGAAAGUAUACUGAUUGCUGUGUCUGCUCCUCAUCGACAAGAUGCGUGGAGGGGAGGUGAAGAGGCGUUGGAAGAAUGUAAAGAGAAGGUUGAGGUGUGGAAGUUGGAAGAAUUUGAUGGAGAUGAGGGCGGUGUGUGGAGAGCUAAUAGGGAUGGGGCUACAGGUGUGCGCGUUGCCGACCACAAGGAGUGA